UUAUAGCCAUAUAAGUAGAAACAGCUGGCCCUGUCAAAAGUUGUCCUCAAGUAACCCCUGAUGACGUCACACAAGAUGGCCGCCAGGGGAAGAAAAUAGGAGAAGACACGACGAUCGUUCGACGUUCUUGCGACUUUUUGACGAAUACGGACAGCAAGAAACCCAACAAUGUCUGACCGUAAAGCAGUUAACAGGUACUACCCUCCGGACUUCGACCCACAGAAGCACAAGUCCAUUAACAAGUAUCGUAACUCCCAUCCGCUGAGAGACCGCGCCCGCAAACUCUCACAGGGGAUCCUUAUCAUCAGAUUUGAGUUGCCAUAUAACAUCUGGUGUGGAGGAUGUGGGAACCAUGUUGGCAUGGGUGUUCGUUACAAUGCAGAGAAGACCAAGGUGGGGAUGUACUAUACCACGCCCAUCUACAAGUUCCGCAUGAAGUGCCAUCUGUGCGACAACCGCUUCGAGAUCCAGACAGACCCCAAGAACUGUGACUACGUCAUCGUGAGCGGCGCGCGGCGGAAGGAGGAGCGAUGGGAUGCUGCCGAGAACGAGCAGGUCGUCUGUGAAGACCAUGAGGAUAAGAAGAAGAUGGCGUCAGACCCAAUGUUCCGUCUGGAGCACGGAGUGAAGGAUCAGGACAAGCGGAAGGCCGCCGUGCCUCGCCUGGCAGAGAUCCACGAGUGGAAGUCUCAGUGGCAGGACGACUUCUCACUCAACCAGAUGGCUCGCAGGAAGUUCAGGGGAGAGAAGACAGUGCUGAAGGAGGAGGCAGCUGAAGACUCUGCCCUCCUGGCGAAGUCGUCCCUGGCAAUCCCACUGGUGCGAGAACACGAGGACGACAGAAAACUGGCCUCUCUACUCAAGUAUCACAGCCUGGACUCUUAUGAGAAGAAGCAGAAACAGAAGAGAGAAGCGAUCGCCAGCCGGUCCAUCUUUUCCUCCCAGUCAUCAACCACCACAGUAGUUACACCAGACAGAGACAACAAGCUACUGGAUGCCAAAAAGAAGCUGGGACUAAGUCUGCCAAAAAAAGCGCCCUCCGCUUUCGACCUGGACAAACCCACACCUGGUGUCAGUAGUGGGAUCAAACAAUUGGUGAAGAGAGUAGCAGACACCACUGCUACAUCAGCCAAAGGAAAUGACUCUACUAAUCAAACCAACAAACAGAACAGUUCAGAUUGUCCAAGUACUUUACUGUCAGGACUUGAGGAGAAAUUUCCACACAGAACAGGGAGCACUGAAGAGGAGAAAGAUGUUGACAAUUGUCAGACAACAUGUGACAAAGAUCUACAUCAGAGUAGAGACAGUACUGGCAAAGUCACAGGGCGCACCAGUCUAGGUCUGGUAGAGUAUGACUCAGAUGAGGACAGUGUAUAAAGUAACGAUGUAUUGAAUUUAGAUAUGAAGUAGAUCAACCUGUAUGAAGAAAUUGUUAAUCAUGUUGCCAAAUUUCUGUGACAUUCAAAAAUGAUUGUCACUAACAGUGGUCUGGUACUACACUAGUGUCCUUUCAGCAAUGUUUAUUUAUGCUACUUAAGAGUAAUACUGUGGCAUAACUUAUACAUUUCUGCUGUUUGGAAAGUUAACUACAUUUUGUACUUUUUUCUUAGUCAAAUCAAUGAGGUUAAAACCUCCUUGGUCAUAUGUAAAUAAAAUA